AGAAGAAGCGGUAAUGACGUGCAGGCGGAAGCUAUCGCCAAGAAAACAACGACGCGCCAAAUUUGUGUCAGCCUGUGUCAGCCUCAAAUACAUGAAAAAAUUUGUCUAAUCUUUGCGUAUACAUUUAUAAAAAAAAAGCUACUGAUUGAAGAAGGCUGUACAGCAUGGCGGUGCCUUUUGUGCAGGACUGGGACCUGGUUCAGACACUGGGAGAAGGAGCCUACGGAGAGGUCAGGCUGCUGGUGAACAGACAGACUGAGGAGGCGGUUGCAGUGAAGGUGAUCGAUACCUCUCAGGCCAAGGAGUGUGCUGAAAAUGUCAAGAAGGAGGUCUGCAUCCACAAGAUGCUCAACCACACCAACGUCGUGCGUUUUUUUGGCCAUCGGAAGGAAGGACACACUGUGUACCUCUUCCUGGAGUACUGCACCGGGGGAGAACUGUUCGAUCGAAUCGAGCCUGAUGUGGGAAUGGCAGAGAGAGAUGCUCAUAAGUUUUUCCAGCAGCUGAUAGCAGCUGUGGAGUACCUCCACAGUGUCGGCAUCACCCACAGAGACAUAAAGCCAGAGAACAUUUUGCUGGAUGACAAAGAUAACCUGAAGCUGACAGAUUUUGGACUGGCCACCGUGUUUCGUUUCAAAGGACGGGAGCGACUUCUGAAUCGGCUCUGUGGGACUCUUCCCUAUGUGGCCCCAGAGCUUCUCAGCCAGACAGAAUACAAAGCUCAACCUGCAGAUAUCUGGGCUUGUGGGAUAGUCCUCGCUGCUAUGCUUGCUGGAGAGCUGCCAUGGGACCAGCCCACUGAGAGCUGCCAAGAGUAUUCAGAUUGGCUUCAAAAGAAAACGUACCUACCUCCUUGGAAGAAAAUACAACCAAUGCCUCUUAGUUUGUUAUCCAAAUUACUGAUAGCCAGUCCAGAUGCACGCAUCCCCAUCGCAGACAUACAGAAAGACCGUUGGUUUACUCAAGGUGCAAAGCAGUCAGCAGGUUCUCUAGGCUCAAGAGAAAACAAACUUGUUCGGUCAGAAGUCGGACCCAAGUCCCUGGCCAACAGUGAUGACAGGAUGCAGUUUUCCAGCUCUCAGCCUGAUGCUGCAGCAGGUGGCUGGGAAGCCAUGUUGCUAAUCGGUCAGGCUGAAGGUCAGGUCAGUUUCUCUCAGCCAACCAAGCCGGAGCACAUGUUACUGGGUAGCCAACUGCUGGGCACACCUGGAGCCAGCCAGUCUCUGUGGCAGAGAUUAGUGCGGAGAAUGACACGUUUCUUCACCACUGUGGAUGCUGACUCCUCAUUGUCUGCCCUGAAAGAUGCCUGUGAUGGCCUAGCACUUGGCUUCAAACUCACCUGUGCCAAACAGGUGACGGUGAGCACACUGGACAAGCGCCACAACAAACUCAUCUUCAAAGUCCAUUUGCUAGAGAUGAAUCAGAGAGUGCUGCUGGACUUCAGACUGUCUAAGGGUGAUGGUCUGGAGUUUAAACGUCUCUUUGUGAAGAUAAAACAGAGGCUCUGUGACAUCGUCAGCACUCAGAAGAUUUUACUCCCCAUCACAUGAGCAGCUCAUACAAACAAAUGCAAACUGCUACGGACGUUGGAGAAAACCCUGUAUAUAUUUAGCUGUUCUAUUGCCAUUUUAAAUGUGUUCUGUUGUUCUCAUUAUGUGUGUUUAGGUUCUUGUCUUUUGUAUUUUUAUCAUGUGUGGAGAAAGUUAAGUGUUAGAUGUCAGGAGGGAGGACAAUUUUGAAAACUUGGGUCCUUUCAGCUGCUCCUCACUCCCUCUACGAGUCAAUCAUUAUGUCUAGUUUAGUGUUAGAAUGUCAACAAGGUCAAUGGUACAGUAGGUGCAGACAGGGACAAACGCAUGCAUCCAUGUUCUGCCUCUGAGAAAACUCAUUUGUUCUGAUUAUGUUUCACAUGAUAGUCUUCAAUAAAAUAUUAAAAUCUCA